AUGUUGAUGUGGCUCUGUCUAUCAGUGCUGCUGCUGCUGCCCCAAAAGACUAGGGCAAGUGAGGGCGGGUAUGUGGAUCCCACAUUCAACUGUCCUGCCAUGACAACCUGUCCACAGCUGUGUGUGCCAUCAGUGGAAUACUGUCCAACGGAAAUGCAGUGUGCCUCCAACGCCACCUUAUGUGCCGAUGGAUCCUGUCGACCGGAAUUUGAAUGCAGUACUAGUGGAUAUUCCGUAUCGCCAUGUCCCGUUGAUUGCGCUCCCGUCGCUUGUGCCCCUCUCAUCACAACCUACAAUGUCUGCACAAAUGUCUUUGGACCCUACUACGAGGAAGUUGCUGCCUUGUGCAAGAACACUUCCACCAGCGGCAACGGCCAAACCAGUGCCAUCUCCUGGACGGCCUCUGCCUAUGUGACGGGCUACGUAUGGUUGGCUGCUGUCACCACUGCCAUUAUCACCUGGUGUUGGUACAACAACCGUUGGUGUCCAAUACAAGGCUCCACCAAAUUAUUGCAAUUGAGGCUGGAAACCCAUAUUCGAAAUGACCCCAAUGCCAACAUUGCUCACCUGCACCAAACCGGAUACCAAUGUCACCAUCCAAUGGGAAAGGUUAUUCAUGUGGCCACACUCAUUACCUUUUUUGGCUGGUAUAUCCUCCUGGCGUACAUGGCAUCUCUCCUCUAUGAUCCAGAUGCUUCAGAAGAGAGAGUCCUGCAUGUCCUCCAGACAUUUAGUCUCCUAUACAACCUGGGCUUUCUCUGGAAUUUGGCAUUCUACUGGCCCUACAGUAUCGAGUCUCUCUUCUAUCGACGAUCCAGCCUUGCCAUGGCAAAUGUUGUGGCUGUCCGGUAUCAGAGGACCUUGGGAAACAAAAUAGCCCACAAUGUGGAGAAAGUCAAGACGGCGGGCACCAAAGGCAAUACGUUUCAACCAACUCGAUGGGUCUCACCCACAAUCACGAAUGUGCUGAAUUGGUUCAGCCGAGGCCUAAGUAUCAUCAUGGGCUUUAUCUUUGCGGACGAAGACAACAACAGCCAGGAAACAGGAGGCGAACGCAUGAUUGAAUACUGCACGGUUCAGCAAAGUGAAGGCGGCAACCGCUAUUUUGUCUUUCUGUUCCGACGGUACAAUUUUGAUGCCAACCAAGACAUGUUUGUGCCUGGGACAUGGUCUCUCGGGACAACCUUUGCCGACAUGAAACCACCAAGGAUAGCCAAUGUGGAAGCCCUUGCGCAUCGAUCGGAUGUACUACUCUAUGACACUACGACAGCCAUUCCAGAAGAAUGCAGUUUGGAAUUUGGCGAUAAUGAAAACACUGCAGCCGGACUGACUCCAGAGGAAGUAGCCAAGUGCCAACAAGUUAUUGGACCCAACAACAUUGAAAUGGUCAACCCAUCUUUAUGGGGCAUGUUCCGCAAGGAGAUUUCGAAGCCCUUUUAUCUGUAUCAGUUUCAGAUUUUGUGGAUCUGGGUGACCACGGAAUACUGGUACAUGAUGCUUGCAAAUUGGACUGUUAUUCUUACCACUGCAUGUCUCAUCUCCUGGUUCCGAUUCCGAUCGGCACAAGUUCUCUUUGCCUUGUCGAGUAUUGAUGGCAAUGCCAUAGUUUUGCGAGAUGAAGAAUUUGUUGAGUUGCACCAAUCUGCCCUUGUUCCUGGAGAUGUCAUCCAACUGAAACCGGGUAUGAUACAUUGCGACAUGAUCCUCUUGGCAGGGGAAGUUAUUGUCAACGAAAGUGCACUAACAGGGGAAGCCACCCCUCAUUCCAAGUUGCCAGCUGACAUGUUGAGCCCUGAGACCUAUGACCCAGCAAUUCACAAACGGCAAACUUUGUCCGCGGGCACAAAGAUACUAGAAGGACAUCAUGCUAUUGCUUUGGUGACACAGACAGCAUCCUUUACUCGCAAGGGUGAGCUGUUGCGAGAGGUCAUUGCGUUUCGACGGCACCAAGUACAAUAUGAGUUGGAUUUGCCGUAUGCAGUUCUCCUUUUGGUGGGAUUCAGUUGUCUGAUGUGGCUCCUUGUAUUCUUCAAGGCCAGUGAUGUGCAUGUUGUGUCUUGGGUUCUUGGAUUGUGUGCCGUGUCGAAUUCGCUUCCACCUCUGCUUCCAGUUUCCUUCACUCUUCCUGUAGGAUACUCUUUUGAAAGGCUGGGUAAAAAGCAGGUGGUCUGCUCCAACUCGGAUGGCAUCUUGAUUGCUGGAGAAGUUAAAUCCGUUUUCUUCGAUAAGACGGGGACUCUCACGAGGCAGGGCCUGAGCUACACUGACUGUCGCAGUUCGGAACAGUCAAAAUUUGUGCAUUUUGUGUCACCAACCGUGUCCACCGCCAUGGCUUCAUGCCACACGCUGGUGAUGUCCUCUCGUGAUGGCACACUGAUUGGCAAUCCCAUUGACAAGGCCAUGUUCAGUGCCAGUGGUGCGGAAAUGUUCUUGGAGGAAGGUACCAGCAACAAAGCACAAAAUCAGACUGUGACAAUCAUCCAGAAGGAUGGGAGACCUGUCGAGGUCCUUCGCCGAUUUGACUUCGAUCACUACCUCAUGACACAGAGUGUGAUUAUCCGCCUAGCUGACGGGUCGCUAAUGGCUUUGGCAAAAGGCAGUGGAGAGGCCAUCCGGGAUAAGUGUCGGGUUGAGACCUUACCAGAUGACUAUGAAGAGUCUCUGGAAGAUUUUGCUCGAAUUGGCAUGUACCAGAUAGCGGUUGCUUUCAAGAAACUACCCACUAUGGACCCUGCCAAUCUUUUGUUAAUGACACGAGAGCAGAUUGAGGAAGACAUGACUCUUGCUGGGAUACUGUGCUUCACAAACCAGCUACGUCCAAAGACAAAAGGAGUUAUCUCCCAUCUCUUGGAGGCAGGUGUACAGUCAGUCAUGCUUACAGGUGACAAUUUGCAUACUGGUAUCCAUGUAGCGAGAGAGUCCGGGAUGAUUGCCCAAGAGAGCACAGUUGUACUAGGAGUGAUUGAAGAUGUUGGGCUCGAUGUAUCCUGGAUAAGUGAAAGUGGCAGUCAGGUCAAUGCACCCACACUGGGUCUGCUCCAAAAUAGCGGGGGUGACAUGGUUGUGGCCAUGACAGGUGAGGCGUGGCGGUUCCUGUUAAAGAGCCAGCCAGAUUAUGCCUCUGCCCUCGCACCUUUCAUUUGUGUGGUUGGCCGUUGCACUCCACAUGACAAGGUCUCGGUAGUUGACACUUUUGUUGCUCUUGGAAGGAAGACAAUGAUGUGCGGUGAUGGUGGAAAUGACAGUGGAGCAUUGCAGGCAGCUCAUGUUGGGCUUGCGCUCAGUGAUGGGGAUGCUAGUCUGGUUGCUCCAUUCACAUCCUUGGACAAGGAUAUUGAAUCGGUACUGACUGUCCUCAGAGAGGGUCGUGCCACUUUGCAUUCCAUGAACGCUUUGUAUAGAUAUCUCGUGAUUUAUGGCAACAUUACGUCACUUGUGCAAGUCAUCACAUACUGGUUCCAAGCAUCAUUCAAUGACUGGAUGUGGACAUUUCUAGAUGGAAUCUGGACCGUCUUGUUCAGCUUGACCAUACCACUCGCACAAUCUGCAAACAAACUGUCAGAGUCCUCCCCAACAGCAUCGCUACUCUCCCCUGUGACUGUGCUAAGCAUUUGUGGGAUUAUUCUCUUGAACUGUCUGGCAAUGGUAUGGGCCCUUGGUGCACUGUACAGCAAGGAUUGGUUCCAGUGCCGGAAAUGGAAUGCAGAUGACUUCGGGGAAGUCGGGGAGGUUCUGCUAGCUGCGGACAACUAUGAGACACAGGUUAUAUUUCUUGUUGCAGCUACCCAAUGUGUUGCUGCAGCAAUGACAUGCAACUUUGGUUAUGAGUAUCGGCAGUCAUGGUAUCGCAACUACCUGUUUGUGGUGAUAUCCUUGAGUGCAGUAACAAUUCUUGUGUAUAUCACGCUGGUACCAAGCCGUUUGUCAUGUCUUUGGCGAGUGAAUUGUUCAAAUGAAGACGCUGUACGUGGGAUUUUAGAACCUGAACCACAACCAAUCAUGAAUCCGUUCAACACAACAGUGAUGCCAGUCGAGUUUCGCUAUGAGCUGCUAGCAAUCAUGAUUGCUAAUGGAGUGGCAAUUGCGGGAUUCGAUUUCUUUGUAAUCAAUGGUAUCCGUCGCAGGGUGGGCAAAAUGAAAAGGAGGAAACUUCCAGACGACCAAGUUCGAAAGCAGAUUGCCUCUGACAAGUCUGUGCUGGACGGUAGGAGAACCACAAUCAGCAUUGACGACAUGUUUGGUUCGGAAGCUUAUCGUUCUGGUUUGCUUGGCCCUGUUGAUGCGAUUUGA